CUCCUCCCCGCCCCCCCCACCGCCUUCGCGGCCUGUCCAUCAUCCAGGGUCGCCGACCGCCCGCGGAUCCCGCGGGGACCCUCGCCCGCCCUAAUGGAGGAGCUUCAGGACGUUCAGCUGACGGAAAUCAAGCCCCUCCUGAACGACAAGAAUGGCACCCGAAACUUCCAGGACUUCGACUGCCAGGAGCAUGACAUCGAGACCCCCCACGGGGUGGUCCACGUCACCGUGCGCGGCUCGCUUCGGGGGAACCGGCCCGUCAUCCUCACCUACCACGACAUCGGCCUGAACCACAAGUCGUGCUUCAAUGCGUUCUUCAACUUCGAGGACAUGCAGGAGAUCACCCGGCACUUCGUCGUGUGCCACAUCGACGCCCCCGGCCAGCAAGAGGCGGCACCCCCAUUCCCAUCCGGGUUCCAGUACCCCACCAUGGACCAACUGGCCGAGAUGCUGCCCGCCGUCUUGACCCACCUGAGCCUGAAAGGGGUGAUCGGGAUCGGCGUGGGAGCCGGAGCCUACGUCCUGAGCAGGUUCGCGCUCAGCCACCCGGAGCUGGUGGAAGGUCUGGUGCUCAUCAACGUGGACCCGUGUGCCAAAGGCUGGAUCGACUGGGCGGCUGCCAAGUUGUCAGGCUGGACCACCAACGUCGUGGACAUCGUCCUGGCUCAUCACUUCGGGCCGGAGGAACUGCAGGCUAACCUGGACUUGAUCCAGACCUACCGACUGCACAUCGCCCAGGAUAUCAACCAAGACAACCUGGGCCUCUUCCUUGGCUCCUACAACAGCCGCAGGGACCUGGAGAUCGAGAGGCCCGUCCUGGGCGGCGGUGCCAACGGCAGAGCGAGGACGCUCAAGUGCCCGGCCCUGCUGGUGGUGGGGGACAGCUCGCCCGCCGUGGAGGCCGUGGUUGAGUGCAAUUCACGCCUGGACCCCUCCAACACAACACUACUCAAGAUGGCAGAUUGCGGGGGGCUACCUCAAGUCGUGCAGCCCGGAAAGCUGACUGAAGCCUUCAAGUACUUUGUCCAGGGAAUGGGCUACAUCCCGGCCGCCAGCAUGACCCGCCUGGCUCGUUCCCGCACACACUCGAUGUCCAGCGUGGGCUCCGGAGAGAGCGUCUACAGCCGCUCCCUGGCCAGCUCCCAGUCGGAGGGGGCGGCCGGGCCCGCCGACGGCCUGGAGGCCCGGCAGACGGUGGAGGUGUCCUGCUGAGGACGGGCACCCCUCCCGCCCCCCCCCGGACUGACCCGUCCCGUCGUCCCCGGCCUCCCUGGACUGACCAGUCACCCCCCAACCCGUCCGCGCAUGGCCCCGGUCCUCCCCUCGCCCCCCGCAGCCGUCAGAGCCCUUCACCCCGUCCGCGCCGGGUUUGCCACGGCCGGGAUGGUCCGGGCCCGGACGCCGCACCUCUCGUUGCCGGCCUGUCUCUGCCUCCCCACGGAUCCUUGACGUGCGUGCGUGAGUGGGCGCGUGUCCCCGUGUGUACGUGCGCGCGUGUGUGUGUACCGUGACCCCCCCGAAGAACCGCUUCUCCUCGUCGAGCUUAUGCUAAAAAGGGAUUUUCCCCCACAGCGCCCGUGUCCGUUGCGGGCGGGGGCCCGGAGCAGGGCGUUCUGUCCCGGGCAGGGGUCGGCUGGUGGGGGCCGCAUUGUGUGGGUGACCCCAGCGGGAGGGAGGGGAAGGGUGGCAUCACCCCCAGCCGGGCCGGGAGG